AUGUGUGACAUGCGUGUACAACUUAAAGAGCAUGAUCAGAAGAUGAAGGAUAAUCAAAUUAAGUUGAUAAAAGUCACUAAAGAGAGGGACGCUCUCAAUAAUGAAGUACAAGGCCUUCAUCUUUUAAAGAGUUUAUCACAAAGGGUGGAGAUGGUUACUAAGCAGUUGGAGGCAAAGGUGAAUGAAUUAGCAAUAGUUAAAAGAGAGAGAGACUUGAAUCGUACUAGCCCUAAGGAUGACUUUCCCUUACCGCAUAUUAAUGUGCUUAUGGAUAAUAUAGCACGUAGUUAUAGAUAUUCCUUCAUGGAUGGUUAUUCAAGAUACAACCAGAUUCCUAUACACGUGGAGGACAAACAUAAAAAUACUUUCAUUACACCUUGGGGUACCUUUUACUAUAAGGUGAUGCCCUUUAGAUUAAAGAAUGCAGGUGCAACUCAUCAACGAGCUAUGGUAGCACUGUUUCAUGAUAUGAUGCAUAAGGAGAUUGAGGUGUAUGUGGAUGACAUGGUAGCUAAAGCCUUAUCGGGAAAAUUGUUAGGUUUUAUUGUCAGUAAGAAGGGCAUAGAGGUAGAUCCUAACAAGGUCAAAGCAAUUCACGACAUGAGGCCACCACAAAUAGAGAAAGAGAAAAGUCAUACUGACAAGUGGGAUGAACAUUGUCAGCAAGCUUUUGACAAGAUUAAGGACUACUUAUUGAACCCUCCACUAUUAGUACCUCCAACACCUGGUCGGCCUUUAAUUUUUUACUUAACCAUAAGACCUCCAUCCGUGGGUGCAAUGCUGGGGCAACUUGAUGAAGCUAGCAAAAAGGAAAAAUCAUUGACAGGGACUAGUUCUACUAAGCAACUUAGGUUCCUAUCAGUUGUGCAAGCUGAGAAGCUAAUCAAGCAAGGGUGCGAUGCCUAUAUAGUAGUUUGUGCUGCCAGUAGUGUGUAUAAUGAUGGUAUUGAGAAGAUUGGAGUGGCAACAGUAAAGAAUAAGUACCCUUUACCUAAGAUCGAUGAUCUGCUAGAUCAAUUCGCUGGAGUCUCAGUCUUUUUCAAGAUUGACUUGAGGUUAAGAUAUCAUCAGCUCAAGGUUUCUGAAAAAGAUAUACCUAAGACAGCCUUUCAUAUGCAUUAUGGGCAUUAUGAGUUCCUUGUCAUGCCAUUUGGCCUGACCAAUGCACCUGCAGUUUUCAUGGAUUACAUGAAUUGUAUCUUUAGACCAUACUUAGACCAGUUUGUUGUGGUUUUCAUCGAUAACAUUCUGGAUGCACUAUUGAAAGCUUUAGUUGGUGCUUAUACUACUAUGAUUAAUAGUGAUUUUUGGAAGGAAUUAAGAAUGGCGCAAUUGGAAGAUGAGUAUCUUCUUAAGAUUCGAGAAGAGGUUGAGUUGAAUGUAGCUACAAAUUUUAGCUUCAAUGAUGAUGGAUUCAAUGUUUAUCGGGAUAGAAUUUGUGUGCCUAAUGAUGAAGAUUUGAGAAGGGUGAUUCUGAAUGAAGCACAUUACAGCAAGUACACUAUUCACCCAGGAGCUAUAAAGAUGUAUCAGGACAUUAAGUGUUAUUGGUGGUGGCUAGGAAUGAAAAGAGAGGUGAUAGAGUUUGUAGCUCGGUGUUUGACUUGUUAUAAAGUGAAAAUUGAACAUUAG